AUGUCCGUCGCGAACAAAGUCAUAAUUGUGACCGGGGCGGGAAGUGGGAUUGGAAGGGCCACGGCUCUCCUUCUGGGAGCAGAAAAGGCCAAAGUCGCGCUUUUCGAUAUCGACUCGAGCAUAUUCGAUGUCGAGGCCGAAAUAAAGGCCUCCGGAGGCUCAGCUCUCGCUAUAAAAGUGGAUGUAAGCUCUUCGGAAGAAGUCAACUCAGCUACCAAGGCUGUUGUAGAUGCCUUUGGCCCAAUCGAUGGUGGUGCCAAUCUAGCCGGUAUCUCUGGGGGAGGAACAGUCAACCUGGAGCAGGAAACCGACGAGGACUGGGACAGAGUGAUCCGGAUUAAUUUGGGGGGAGUUAAAAACGCUUUACGCGCCCAACUACAGCACAGGAAUCCCAAAGGAGCUUCGAUUGUCAAUGCUUCUAGCAUCGGAGCCAGGAUUGGAUCACCUGGCAACGCGGCCUACUCUGCCAGCAAGGCGGCAGUCAGUGGUCUGACCAAGUCUGUUGCAAGGGAGAUGGGCCCUCAUGGGGUUCGAGUCAAUGCAAUUGCACCUGGUAUCACAGACACCCCUAUGGUCGGCCGUGUUCCAGAGUCCAUUCGUGACGAAUGGAGAAAAGCCAACGUGCUCGGACGUCUAGCCGAUCCUGUCGAAAUGGCCAACGUUAUACUCUUCCUACUCAGCGACAAGAGUUCUUUCAUUACCUCGUCGGUAUGCUAUUUGGCUAGGCUCCACCGAGUAUAG